GUGGACAAUGCGCACACUACUCAACCUUACCUUCCAAUGGGCUGCGGCAACUACUCCGGCUUCGGUGACGGAGGCGCAUGGGACAGCGAGGGUGUCGGUGACAACACCCCCCUCGAGGUUCUCCACCCCUACGAGGCCAUCGCCACCGCCCGGAUUGGUUGCCACCUUCCAGUAAGGAUUGAAGUGAAGGGAUCAGCCAGGGGAUGUGCGACUGAUGGAAGGAACUUCUGACUUAUAAGUCUACUCGCCUUGUCCUUGUAAUACAUCGCAUGCUUCGGAA